GGUUGCAGAGUGCAGCCUGCACAAUAGCAACUGGUGAAAUAUCCACAACUCCUUACUCUUAGCAAUCUCUAGCUCCCCUCUAUCGAUCACAACUCUCGACCUUUAUUUAAAAAAAAAAAAAAAAAAAGAAAACCAUGGCUGGUCCACACAUUGUCUUCGGUGCCGGCGGCAUCGGCAUAAGCCCCGGAUCCUUCACCUACACCUUCGACACGCCCGAGAAGGUGUCCUCCCUGCUCAAGGUCCUAGAGUCUCUCGACAUCAAGGAGCUCGACUCGGCCGCCAACUACCCGCCCAAGAACCCGUGGAACACCAACACCCUGCUCGGCCAGGCCGGCGCCGCCGGCAAGGGCUUCGAGAUCCACGACAAGAUCCGAGUCCCGUACAACUACGAGACGGGCCAGGUGGAGCCGAGCCUGACCGAGGAGGCGAUGGCCGCGAGCACCAAAAAGAGCCAGCAGCUGCUGGGCGUGGACAAGGUGCCGGUGCUGUAUGCGCACUUCCGCGACCCGCACACCUCGAUCGAGGAGAUGGCGAGGGCAUUUGACGUGCAGCAUAAGUUGGGCAGUUUCGACAAGCUUGGCCUCUGCAACUUCUCAGCCGCCGAUCUCAAGGAGUACUUUGCUGUGUGCGAGAAGCAUGGCUACGUCAAGCCCUCGAUCAUCCAGGACAUGUACAACCCGCUGUACCGCAAGGCCGAGGACGACAUCCUCCCCUUGAUCCGGCAGCACGGAUGCGCGUUCUAUGCUUACAGUCCCCUUGCAGGCGGCUUCCUCACCGGCAAAGUGACACCGCCAGCUCCCACCGACAACGACAACAACAACAACAGUGACAACAAGAGUGACAACAAGACCAAGGACUCUGUCCUCCACCGGUCCCGCUGGCGCGGCGAGUCCGCCCACCCAGUCUACACGCAAACCUACGACUCCAAGGCGGCCAUGCACGACGCCGUGCGGAAGCUCGUCGCGGCGUGCAACAGCAGCAGCAGUGCGGGCGGCGGCGGCGGCGGCAACAACAACAAAAAGAUCACGCCGCAGGAAGCCACCUGCCGCUGGCUCCUCAACCACUCGGCCCUGCGCGAGGGCGACGCCAUCAUCCUCGGCGCCAGCAGCGAGGCGCAGCUCGUCGCCAACGUGGCCGCCGCCAGGGUUGGUCCUCUGAGCGCCGACGAUGCCGAGCUGCGCGGUGUGCUGGAUGGGCUGUGGGACAUGGUCAAGGACUGAUUGAUGAUUGAUGAUUCUUCUUUGUUGCGAAUUUGCCAUCAGGAUUUCUUUAAUAUUUAGUCUUGAGGGUUCGGUCGAUGCGCAAGGGAGCAUGCAUUUUCACAAGUGUUUGUGAGACUUUCGUCGAGAUAAUGAUGUUCAAUAGCAAGGCGAGAGAGAGAAUCACCGCUAAUCAAUCAAAGCUGUUCUUUUCAACACCCGGGUUUCUUUUUCUUGUUUCUUACUUUUUUUUUUCUUUUCUUUUCCUCUAUAGAUGACUUCAGGAAUGCAUGCUGCGCCAUUCGACAGACAAGAGAGAGACCUGAUGACACAAAAUUCCUUACAAGUUUUAUAACGACGAAAACAACAACAAUCCUCGUCGUCGUUAUUCCUUGGCCUCCACCCGGCUCGAACGCCUUGGUCACAGACCAGGCUCCGGGCAACAGCCUCACUUAAGCCUCCGGCCCGAGGCGCGCCACCCCGCUCGAGAUACCACCGAAACUGUUAAACCG